AAAAAGGAGACUAGAAAAAAACCCCAGAUUUGCCACCACAUCGGAAAAAAUAAAAGAGGGAAAAGAAAAGGGAAGAAAGCCGAGUGCCUGUGGGGUUGGACGCAGGCAGCCGGAUCGUGGGCCGAGCGAUGCGGGGCUGCGCGCCCAGACAGCCUCGAGUUGUGACCAGAGCCACGAUGCACGGCCAGGCGCAGUGAAGAGCCGGACCGUACUACCUCCCCCAAGGAGCCCAGGCGCAGGGAGGGCCGCCCCAGGACACGGAGGCCGCCUGGCAGGCCACUGGCCGAGGUGACGGGGCUGGGGCGGUGGGGAGCGAGCGAGCGCGCCUGGCUACGUCCGCCUGAAGUUCCCCCUCUCCGUUUUCGAUUGACACAAACACUUCUCCGAAAGGGGGGAAAAAACCUAAGCAACAACAGCAAUUAACACCAAGAUCUGCUCCAGCCCUGCCCCCCCCCUCGGCCUGCCCCCUUCCCCUCCCCCAGGCCCAGCGCGGGCGCCGGGCGCGUCCCAACCCGCAGCACGCUGCUGGCAGUUUAGAAUCCAAAGCUUCUCUCCUCAUUUUCUUUUCUUUCCUUAAAAAAAAGAGAGGGGGAACCUCGGUGGUGGGCAGGCUGGUACGCACACACUCGCCUUCAUACCCCGACAAAAGCAGAUGCACUUUGACUUCUGACAGCUCUACCUCAAGCCGGAGAGAACUCAGCGGCGUAUUCCGCGCAGUCCGAGCUAGCGGUGUCUUCCUCUUCUUCUCCGUCUGUUGUAUUUAUUUCCGUUCCCGCCGCCAUUCUCGGUGACCUUCAUUCCUCCGCGGGCUCUGGGCAGAAGAGUCGUUUUCUCGCCCGCCCGAGGCUCCUUUUCCUCACCCUGGGAGCCGAGGUGGCGUUGCUCCGCCCAGUGGCCCAGGGACUCCCCGGCUUCGCCUACCACCCAGGCGCCCGGCGCCCUGCCUCAGCUUUCUUUCCCCCCUUUUGAUUUCUUGGUGCGGGUUUUGGCUUGCAAGGCCGGCCGACUGUGUCUCCUCUUUUUGGAGGGGGUGGGGAGCGGGUGCGGGUCAUCUUUGGGAAUCAUUCCCUUGGCUCUACUUGCCCCGUCUCUCCGGGCCUCACCCGACCAAACCAAAGACCAUGGUGCACUGUGCUGGCUGCAAAAGGCCCAUCCUGGACCGCUUCCUCUUGAAUGUGCUGGACAGGGCCUGGCAUGUCAAGUGUGUCCAGUGCUGUGAAUGUAAAUGCAACCUGACCGAGAAGUGCUUCUCCCGGGAAGGCAAGCUCUACUGUAAGAACGACUUCUUCCGAUGUUUCGGUACGAAAUGCGCGGGCUGCGCGCAGGGCAUCUCCCCUAGCGACCUGGUGCGGAGGGCGCGAAGCAAAGUGUUUCACCUGAACUGCUUUACCUGCAUGAUGUGUAACAAGCAGCUUUCCACCGGCGAGGAGCUCUACAUCAUAGACGAGAACAAGUUCGUCUGCAAAGAGGAUUACCUAAGUAACAGCAAUGUCGCCAAAGAGAACAGCCUCCACUCGGCCACCACGGGCAGUGACCCCAGUUUGUCUCCGGAUUCCCAAGACCCAUCGCAGGACGAUGCCAAGGACUCAGAGAGCGCAAAUGUGUCUGACAAGGAAGGGGGCAGCAAUGAGAAUGAUGACCAGAACUUGGGCGCCAAGCGGCGGGGGCCGCGCACCACCAUUAAAGCCAAGCAGCUGGAGACACUGAAGGCCGCUUUCGCAGCUACACCCAAGCCCACACGACACAUCCGUGAGCAGCUGGCGCAAGAGACCGGCCUCAACAUGCGUGUCAUCCAGGUCUGGUUCCAGAAUCGGCGCUCCAAGGAACGGAGGAUGAAGCAGCUGAGCGCGCUGGGUGCCCGGCGCCACGCUUUCUUCCGCAGUCCGCGCCGGAUGCGGCCGCUGGUGGACCGCCUGGAGCCGGGCGAGCUCAUCCCCAAUGGCCCCUUCUCCUUCUACGGAGAUUACCAGAGCGAGUACUACGGCCCGGGCGGCAACUAUGACUUCUUCCCGCAAGGCCCUCCAUCCUCGCAGGCCCAGACGCCCGUGGACCUUCCCUUCGUGCCGUCUACCGGGCCGUCCGGGACGCCCCUGGGCGGCCUGGAGCACCCGCUGCCAGGCCACCACCCGUCCAGCGAGGCGCAGCGAUUCACCGACAUCCUGGCGCACCCCCCAGGGGACUCACCCAGCCCCGAGCCCAGCCUGCCCGGGCCUCUGCACUCCAUGUCGGCUGAGGUGUUCGGGCCGAGCCCGCCCUUCUCGUCGCUGUCGGUAAACGGCGGGGCGAGCUACGGGAACCACCUGUCCCAUGCCCCCGAAAUGAACGAGGCGGCCGUGUGGUAGCGAGGUCUCGCACGGUCCGCGGAGUUCGUGAUUGUACAGAAAUGAACUUUUAUUUAAGAAAAAGAGAGGAAAAAACCCCAUAAAAAGCAGGCCUCUUGCCCGACUUCCUCCAGCCUUGGGGACCGUUCGCAGUCUGGGGAACCGGAUGGAAAAGGGGGACACAAAGUAGGAUCCAAAUCCGCUUCGAGGUCGGACUGGGAUCUAAGCCCUGGCUGGCGAGGUGCAGAACUGGGGCUCGCGAAGGGAAAUACAGAGCUCUCCCCACCUCUCACCUGGAUCCCGAUCCGUGGACAGACCCGGAGGACCUGUGCCCUGGCCGGCGGGUGGCGGAAAGACCUAGCGACAGCGGCGGGGCGCGCACGCCGAUUGGCGACGCCAGGAGCCCCGGGGAGGGAGGCGGUGAGGUGCGAGGCCGGGCGAGGGAGGUGAGGCAGCCGGGUGCUCCGGGCCAGCCGGGCGGGUUCUGGCUCUGAGAUACCCUUUUAUUAGUGUUGUCUCAGAGGUCAGCGACAGCGACAACAAACUCAUAGCUUCAGAAACACCGACCUGCUGUGCAUCAGGUGGGACUAUAUAUUUUUUGUCUAUCUGGGUGUUUGGUUUUUGUUUUUGCCAAAAUUGCAAAAUUCUAAAUGUAAAGCCCUCAGUAUCAACUCUUCUACCUUCACAAAGCUCUACACACACACACACACACACACACACACACACACACACACACACACACACACACAAUCGAUGGUCUCCAGCCAGACCUCUCAGUAAAAUGACUUGAACAUCAGCUGUACAAGAAAAGUAUUCUACCUUCACACACAAAAGUUAAAAAAAAAAAAAAACUAUUGAACUAAAAACAGUCAACUGUUUACGUAUAAUGUUAAAUUCAGGAGUUCAGUGUUUUACUAAGAUAUGCUGUUUUGAAACCUCUUGUUCAAAAACAAAAUGUUUUGAGCAAUCAACCAAAAUUAUUCCUUUUCUUUUCCUGUAGAUGUUCUGACAGACUUGCAGGGCUUGGGGCUCACUGUGCUAGUAUGUAAAAAGGUGUUGUUUACACUAGGCAAAGAGAAAACAUGAUAUUCAGACAGUUGCCAAAUAGAAUAAUUAUAGCACAAAUACUGUAAAGGUGCCAGGCACCAGCAACCUGAGAAAGUGUUUUAAAAAAAGUAUUAAAGGUUUAAAACAAGACAUGUUUGCUAAUUUUUAGUCCUGUUGAACAUUCAUGGAAUUGUUAAUAUGACUUAUAUAGACCCACACAGGUUUUAUUUUUGUGUCUUUAAAAUAAAAGUCCAAAAUAUUUAAAUUUUAUGGUCAAAUAUGCAGUCAGCAGCUGCUACUUUUUUCUUUAUAUAUUAAAUUUCUCAUAUGUCUUUUAUUGUUCUAAUAAACCUAAGCUUGUGUGACCUCCAGUGCAUAUUAGACCAUUCACUGUAUGAAAGAAUACAUGUUGAAUAAAUUUGUGAGUUUUUAAUAAAAAUAGAAAAUCUGA